AAAGGUUGAAUCUGGAGGGAUUUUGUCGGUGUUAGAUGUUGAAUUAGAAGACGAUUCCAGGGCCGACUUUCCGAGAGAAGGGGUUGUUCAAUUUCUGUGUUUGAAAAGAAAAUCUGGGUUUCUGCUUGAGAGAUUGUUGGAGGAAAUUAUGGAUCUUGUAAUUGGUGGAAAGUUUAAACUUGGGAGGAAAAUUGGCAGUGGAUCAUUUGGAGAGCUUUAUAUAGCUGUAAAUGUCCAAACCGGAGAAGAAGUUGCGGUUAAGCUGGAACCUGUGAAAACCAAGCAUCCACAGCUUCACUAUGAGUCAAAGUUGUACAUGCUGCUCCAAGGAGGAAGUGGUAUUCCAAACAUCAAGUGGUAUGGAGUUGAAGCGGAGUACAAUGUAAUGGUUAUUGACCUUUUAGGUCCUAGUCUUGAAGACUUGUUUAACUACUGUAACCGAAAACUCUCUUUGAAAACCGUUCUCAUGAUUGCAGAUCAGCUACUUAACAGAGUCGAGUUUGUGCAUACUAAAGGUUUCCUUCACCGUGAUAUCAAGCCAGACAACUUUUUAAUGGGCCUUGGCCGCAAAACAAAUCAGGUUUAUAUUAUUGAUUUUGGAUUGGGGAAGAAAUACAGAGACCUUCAGACUCACAGGCACAUUCCAUACAGAGAAAACAAAAACCUCACCGGAACAGCUCGGUACGCAAGUGUGAACACUCACCUUGGAGUUGAACAAAGCCGAAGGGACGAUUUGGAAUCACUCGGUUAUGUGCUUAUGUAUUUCCUCAGUGGAAGCUUACCUUGGCAAGGUUUAAAAGCUGGGACAAAGAAGCAGAAGUAUGACAGAAUAAGCGAGAAGAAAGUAGCAACUCCUAUAGAGGUCUUGUGUAAAAACCAACCGUCUGAGUUUGUUUCCUACUUCCAUUACUGCCGAUCUCUACGAUUUGAUGACAAACCUGAUUACUCUUACCUUAAGAGGCUAUUCCGUGACUUGUUUAUCCGAGAAGGCUAUCAGUUUGAUUAUGUAUUUGACUGGACAGUCCUGAAGUAUCCACAGAUUGGUUCCAGCUCCGGUUCUAGUUCACGGGCACAGAAUCAUACAACUGCGAAACCAGGGUUAACUGCAGGACCUUCUGUUGAAAAACCGGAGAUGAUUCCUGGAAAGGAGAUUCGCGAUAGGUUCUCGGGUGCGGUUGAGGCCUUCUCAAGAAAGCAUCCGACAACUUGUACACCGCGUGAUCUCUUGGCAUCAAGAAACUCUGAUGAUGGGCCUUUGCCUAAGCCUCUCAAGGGUGAGCCAGAGAGACUGCGGAGUUCGUCAAGGAGAGCAAUAGCAGGCUCAAGCGCUCGUCCAAGUUCUGCUGGGGGACCGAGCGAUAGCCGAACCUCUAGCCGUCUGGUGACUUCAAGCGGCGGUGGAAGUGGGCGUGCGUCAACAAGCCAGAGAAUCCAAUCAGGAGGAGUAUACGAAUCCAAGACAUCGACGACGUUUUCCCGUGCCGCUAGAAACACUCGGGAUGAUCCAUUGAGGAGGAGCUUCGAGCUUCUCUCUCUCCAGAAAUGA